AUGGCAUCUCACAUGUCGUUCAGAACAUCUGGACUAGUAUUAGUAAUAUUUACUAUUAUUACCAUUCAAUCGGCUCCUAUUGAGAAAGAUAAAGAAACUGUUCAAUUGCCUUCGGUAAUCAAUAAUAAAGGGGCUGACGAUCAACAUAUUCUUAAAUUUAUUGAUUUGGUUAAAACGGCAUCAAUCUCUACUAGUACCCCAACGACGACGACAACAACUACUACUGUUUCUCAAAGUUCAUUAAAAGCAACAGCAACAACACAACAAAAGACUGAUAAUAAAAGGAAACGUUAUAUUAAUGACGAUGAUGAUUGGGAUGAUCGUUUAGAAAAUGAAAGUAAUGAAUUAGAUUCUUCUCAAUUACAAUAUUUUAAAUAUGACAAUGCUGGUGAUAAUAUCGAGAAUAGAUUACAUGCUAAAAUGAAAGAAACAUCACCUACAAUCAAUGAUAAUGCAGAUAAACCAAUUAAUACAGAUGAUUCGAAACUUUUUUCUGAUAUUAAAAUGACACCAAAUCAACAGACAGAUAUUGUACGCCGACGUCGUCAUGUUAAAUUAAAUACAAGACGUAAACGAGCUGCAUCAGCAUACGAUUUUUAUGAUACCGAUUCGUUAGAUGAACCACAAAUUGACUUGAUUCAACGAUACCGAUAUAUUCGUCCGACUCGUUCAUUUAUUCCACUCUAUUGGUAUCCAAGUUACAAUCAACGAAAUGCUCGUGAAGCUCUUCUGCCAUCCUUCUAUGAUUCAGUAGAAUAUCCGCCAUCAUAUUUAGAACGCAUUGGUAGUAAUGAUAUAGAAGAAAAUUCAAUACCAACAGUUGAAGAUCACCUUGAAGAUGAAGAUGAAGAUGAAGAUGAUUAUGAAUCAAAUCGUUAUCCUAUUUUAUUACCAUCAUAUGAUAACACAUGGAAUAGUGAACAAUUACAAGAAAGAUAUAAUCGAGAUGAUAUACCGGUCGAUGAAGAUUUUGAAGAAAAUUUAAAUGAAAAUGAUGAAAAUGAAGAUAGUGAUGAUGAAAAUGAUGAAAAUGAUGAAAACGAUGAUGAUGAUGGUGAUAACGAAUUUAUGUAUCAAAAGCAACGUCCAUAUAAUAAUCGUUAUGGAUUUAUUGAGACCUAUUUUUGA